AUGGCUACUACUAGUCUCAUUUUAUUCCUAGGGGUUUUAGCCCUAACGAGUACCCUUAGCUUCAACGCUGAAGCUAGGCCUCAACCUAGCGAUGAGGAUCUCGGUAUCGUCGUUGGACCUAACACUGGGUCGGAUGACGAUCUUGGCAUCGUUGUUGGACCGCAUGUAAGCGAAGAGUCGGACAUUGCUGGACCGCACACCAACCUCGAUGAUGAAGAACUGGGCACCAUCAUUGGACCCGAGUUCGAGAUCCACAAGAAUGAUUUCCCCAAGGAUUUCAUCUUUGGAACAGCCGUUUCCGCAUUUCAGGUUGAAGGUGCUAAAAAGGGAUCUGGAAGAGGCUUGACAAGAUGGGAUGAAUUCACACACAUGUUUCCUGACAAAGUUGAACAUGGGGAGGAUGCAGAUAUCGGAGUUGACUUCUAUACCCGUUACAAGGCACGUCAUUGUUACAAUGAUGAUAUAAAAUUAAUGAAGGAGUUAAAAACGAAUGGGUUCAGAUUUUCAAUCUCAUGGACCAGAAUCUUGCCUAAUGGAAGUCUAAGGAAAGGUGUAAACAAGGAGGGGGUGCAGUUCUACAACGAUCUUAUAAAUGAACUUAUAGCCAAUGAGAUUCAACCUUCUAUUACUCUGUUUCACUGGGAAUCUCCAUUUGCUCUAGAAAUGGAGUAUGGUGGUUUUGUAGACGAAAGAAUUGUAGAGGAUUUCCGGGAGUUUGCGAAAUUCUGCUUUGAGAAUUUUGGAGAUAGGGUGAAGAACUGGGCAACAUUUAACGAGCCAUCGGUAUAUAGUGUUGCUGGUUAUUCAAAAGGCAAGAAAGCACCAGGACGGUGCUCUCCAUUUGAAGUCCUCAAAUGUCCCUCUGGAGAUUCAUCUGAAGAGCCUUACAAAGUUGCUCAUAACCAGAUCCUUUCUCAUCUUGCUGCUGUUGAAGAGUUCCGAAAAUGUGUCAAGUGCCAAGAGAACGGAGGGAAGAUUGGAAUUGUGUUGGUAUCUCACUGGUACGAGCCUAAAGAUCCCAAUUCUAGUAAAGAUGUCGAGUACGCAAGACGAGCUCUCGAUUACCAACUCGGCUGGUUUCUUCGCCCUCUCACAUAUGGAGAGUAUCCAAAGGUAAUGCAAAAAGAUGUAAACAUCCGACUGCCUGAAUUUACCGAAGAAGAAUCUGAGAAACUAAAAAGAUCUUUGGACUUUGUCGGAUUAAAUUACUAUGGUACAUUUUUCACUACCCCUCUCACCAAUAUCAAUGCAUCGGAGCUUAGUUAUACCAACGACGUAGGCGCAAAAAUAUCAGCUGAGCAAAACCACUCACCACAUCUCAAGGCAACUUCAAUGGGGAUAGUGAUAUAUCCAGCGGGUUUGAUGAAUCUCUUGAGACAUAUCCAAGACGAAUACAAGAAUCCAGAGAUUUACAUUAUGGAGAAUGGGAUGGACGAAAUCGACGAGGGAACCAAGACCUUAGCGGAAGCCACAAAUGACUACGGGAGAAAAGAGUUUAUUAAGAGUCACAUCUUAAUCAUGGGUAAAGCCAUCAGGCUGCACAAUGUGAGGUUAAAGGGUUACUUCAUAUGGUCGUUAAUGGACAACUUCGAGUGGGAGAGAGGGUAUAAAAUGAGGUUUGGACUGUAUUACGUAGAUUUCAAUGAUAACUUGAAACGACACAUGAGGUCAUCAGGAAAAUGGCUAAGCGAGUUUCUUGAUUCCAAAGAGUCUCUCAACAAAUGCUACUUUGAAGGCCAUCGCGAGAAAGGAUAUGCUCCCAAGCUGUUCGACACUGAGUAUUUGGAUCCUGAUAACUGGCGUCUAAGCUAUGCGAGCGACAUGUGA